AUGAAGAUGACGAAGAUGCCGGUCGUGGUGGUUGCGGUGUGCUUCUUGGCCCUGUUCUCCGGAGCCUUGCGCGGGGCCGACGCCUCCUUCGCUCCGGACGUCGUCUCCGCUGACGGUGCCCUCCCCAAUACUUGCGACCGGGUACCCGGCGGCUACACCAACAAGAACUGCACCUGGUAUGAGACCAACAAGUGGUGGCUUCCGUCGGUCUACGAACAGAACGCCAUGUGCGUGUGCUCGCAGACGACCUCCUACAACAACAACACCCUCGAGUGCGUUCGCCGCUUCGUGCAGGUCUACACCGACCAGUACUUCCCUGCCGAGAUGAGGCAGGUGAUGGCCGACAAGAAGGCGAAGGACAACGCCAUCCAGUACCAGUACUUCCUCCAGAAGUACUUCACUCCGCUCAUCUACAAAGUGCACGUUGAUGCUUACAACACUUGCUGCUGUCCCCACGGCCCUGCUCCCUACUUUGACUGGAUCGGCGUCGUGUUGGCUCCUCUCCCCUGCCCGUUCGUAUGGGAGGGCGUACUGUUGGCCGGCUCGUGCCACGGCACGCCCGGUCGCUGGUAA